AUGGGUGCUCAGAGAAUACGGCAAACUCCAGGGCUCUUCAUGGAGGUGCAUGAUUCGUCACAGGGGCCCAUUCUUCCAAAGAAGGGUCAACGAAAUGUUCUCAUCACUUCUGCUCUCCCUUACGUCAACAACGUCCCUCAUCUAGGCAACAUCAUUGGCUCUACUUUAUCCGCGGAUGUCUUUGCGCGGUACUGCAGGACACUCAACGUCCCCACGUUAUAUAUUUGUGGUACAGAUGAGUACGGGACCGCCACCGAGACCAAGGCCUUGGAAGAAGGAGUCACUCCGAUGGAGUUGUGCACCAAAUUUUACCAGCUCCAUACCGAGAUCUACAAGUGGUUCGAAUUAUCCUUUGACAAAUGGGGAAGAACAUCAACCCCAGAACAUGCAGAAAUCACCCAAAGCGUCUACAAGCACAUCCAUGACAACGGCCUUUUUCGACUGGAAACUGCCGACCAAACUUAUUGCGAGGAUGACAAGCUUUUCUUAGCCGACCGUUUCGUAGAGGGUACAUGUCCACAAUGUGGAUAUGAUGACGCACGAGGAGAUCAAUGUGACAAAUGCUCCCUCACCUUCUCCUCGCCGACUUCUCUUAUCAACCCCAGGUGUAAACGCAAUAAAUCACACACACUUUCCGUCCGUCCGUCUACCCAUGCUUGCCUCCGACUGGAUCUUAUACAGCCUAAACUGGAAGAGUGGAUGCAAAAGGCUCGGGUGAAGGGCAAAUGGGGCACUAACGCUGUGAUCACAGAGAAGGGAGAAAUCAUUGAACCUCGUAUGCUCGGCGAGGGGUUGAGACCCAGCGCAGUGACGAGAGAUCUGAAAUGGGGUGUGGAGGUGCCUAAGCUGGGCAUCAAGGAGGAGGAUGAAGCUAUGGAAGGAAAGGUCAUAUACGUCUGGUUUGACGCUCCUAUCGGUUAUCCAUCAAUAACUGCCACUUAUACCGACAAGUGGCAGGAGUGGUGGAUGAACCCAGAUGACGUAGAGCUGUAUCAAUUCAUGGGCAAAGACAAUGUCUACUUUCACACGGUUCUUUUCCCUGCUAUGCUUCUCGCAGACGGAAGGAAUUGGACAAUGCUUCAUAACAUCUCCAGCACUCAGUACCUGAAUUACGAAGACACAAAGUUCAGCAAAAGUCGAAAUGUCGGAGUUUUCGGCAAUAACGCAAAGGAGACGGGGCAGCCACCAUCAGUCUGGAGAUACUAUCUCCUGUCACAACGGCCCGAGACUUCAGACUCUGCGUUCCUAUGGUCUAGCUUUAUAGCUGCCAACAACAACGAACUCUUGGCGAAUCUAGGUAAUUUUGUCAACCGGGUGAUCAAAUUCAUCAACGCGAAAUAUGAAUCAGUGGUCCCCGGUCCCAAAGAGUAUGAAGAAGGGGAGGUCACUGCUGAUCCUUCUCCGACGACACCUGCAGAGAAGAUCGAUGCCGCUUUCAUCACGGAGAUCAACUCGCGGCUGGCAGAGUACCGAGAGUUGAUGGAUUCGACUAAGUUACGAAGCGGUCUGGCGACUGUCAUGUCAAUAUCUUCCGCUGGCAAUGCGUACCUACAGGAAUCCGGAUUGGACAAUUCGCUCCUCGCCAGCGAGCCGGAACGAUGUGCUCAAGUCUUGCUCAACGCUGUCAACCUCAUCUACUUGUUAUCCGUCCUCGUCCACCCUUUCAUGCCCACCACGUCCAGCUCGAUACUCGGUCAGCUUAACGCUCCCGCUCGUUCUCUCCCAAAAACAUUCUCCAUUGACAUUCUACCCGGUCAUGCGUUGAACAAGGCCGAGCACCUCUUUAAGAAAAUUGACAAUCCUACGGAACAGCAACAGGAGUGGCAGCGACAGUUCGGGGGAGACGCCGUGUUGGGCAGCAAAGUCGAUCCGGCAGGCCCUGGCGGUAAUGCGGAGGGGGGCAAGGUGCCUCAAGUGAAUGAGGUGAUCAAAAUUAGCAAGAAGGAGCAGCAAGGGGUGAAGCAGAGGGAGAUGAGCAAGUUAAAGAAAUUGGCUGCUGCCGAGGCGGAGAAACACAAGACUCCUGAAGAGAAAGAAUUGGAGGAGAAGGUAGAGGCUCAAGGCAAGCUGGUGGCCGCUUUGAAGACUGGCAAGGCUGAAGGUGACGUUGAAAAGGAAAUGGCUAAAGCCAAGGAUCUCAAGGGGGAGUUGAUGGAGUUGAGAAAGAAGUUGAAAGAGACUAGUUUGGAGUCAUAG